CUAAAGCAAGUCUGGGACGCCAGAGACAGCACGACAGAGAGCGUCAGAACUAUGUACAGAAGAUGAGUAAAAUUAUUACAGAAUGAUGAUAUUAAUGUUUGUUCAUGUCGAUAACGAUGCUACUCUGACAGAUUAAGCUGAUGCAGUCAACCAUUGUGCAAUUUAUAGUUUAAAUAAACACUAUAAGUAGACAUAUACAUAACCUACAGUACCUAGCCUACCUGACCUAUUUCACGAUAAGCCUUCUUAAGCACUUAUUACCAAAUAUUUACCUUUAUUGUGAGUUUUAAACAAUACAUACACAUACAUACACAUUACACACCCCAUACAGUCAGCAUUAGCAUUUUUAUGUGGCAAAAAAGGUAAACAUAAUAAAACAUGUAUCUCCCUUUUCUGUUAGUUCACGAGCUGAAUGUCGUAUGAAUUAUUGUCAAAUUCAGGGUGAACCCAGUCUGUUUUGUUAUUGUUAUUGUUGUUUUAACAGUUUAACACUCAAAAAUCACAGUGUAAAACAUGUACAACUGAAUCUUAAUUUAUCUACAUUUCUUUUCUUUUUUUCUUAAAACAUAAAUCUAUCUACAUAAAAUAUCCAUGAAAUUCAAGGAUUUGUAUAAUAAAAAUGUGCAAUAAUCAUGAUAAAUGACUAUUGUUGUUGUCUAGUUUAGAAUAUUACGCGAUUUUAGAAAGUUAGAAUAGUAGCCUAUGCUAUAUAUUAAAAUGAAAAAAAAAAAAAUAUAUUUCAUCCAGUACACAUACAUUCAAGAGAAGUGAUCAAGGCAGGGCCGAGGGUUUACCAUAUAAUCCAUUGCUCAUUAAAGUAGCAUAAGUUUGGGAUAAAAUGUUCUUGUUUACCAUAAUGCACUGAGCCAUGGUUAAAAGGUAAAUAUUCUCAACCAACAUGGAACAGGCCUUUCUGUUUGCAAAGAGGUAAAAAGGCGGAAAAGAAAAGGGAUCUGAACCGGUUUCCAUGUCAAACACUUCAAUUUUCCAUAGAAACUCUGAUCUUAACGCAGAAACUUUAUUAAACCUUGAUGGUGGAUUGAUAAGGCCGAAUUUCUAUCGGUUCCUUUUUAUUGUGGAGACAGGGAGGGAUGACAGAGGUAAAUUGCUCUUUUAAUUAAACCAAUGCACCGAAGGAAAUUGCUGUCUGAAUAUUGUCUCAGAGAUAGGGCUUGUGACAGUUGCCUGGAAACUUCAAUCUGUCUCGCAUUUAUUCCAGAUCACAGUUUUGAGAUAAAGUUUAAUAAAAAUCUUUGCGCCAAUGAAAGCCUACCCUUUCACGUCCUCCACCGCCACCACAAUGCGACAGAACUGCGGAGGAAGCCUUAUGUUUAACAUGUAUCUCUCAGGUACACAAUCUUUUUUAGUGUGUAAAAUGAGAAAUAUUGCUGAAAUGACUGAAAAGAAAAGGGCGAUGCUAGGGGUCCGCAGGUGCAAUGCUGCGCACCAUUGCCGGUGUCUCUGAUUUCUCCAUCUGGAAAGCAUGUCCUCUUUUGUCGGAAAUCGGAUAUCCUUUUUCCUGGACGCGUUUCCUGACCUCAGCGCUGAAGUCUGGGCAAACGCAUCGAGCAGCAACACGACAUACUCAUAAUAUUUAAACUCUUUUGCUGCGAUUUGUUAUUUAUCGACGAGUGACAUUACGUGUUUUGUCUAAAAUUACGAAUUACAAAUACACAGACGGGGAAAUAUGUUAAAUGCAUCUUUUGCGUUUUAUGAUUCUCCAAUAUUUAAGAAGGCAUUUAGAAUAUAAAUCACAGCUAAUUCUAAAUGUCAUUUUCAUAGGAAACGUAUUUGAAACGUAUUUCAAACGCUUUCUUUCAGACCCUACAGAAAAUCUUUUGAAGGAAAGUAAAGGCUCUUCUUGGACCCCCAUCAACACAGGAGUGCAAAAAGGAAGUGGACAAAUCCAGCUAUGGCAGUUUCUUCUGGAGCUGCUGUCUGACAGCGCCAAUAUGACCUGCAUCGCCUGGGAGGGCACCAAUGGAGAGUUUAAACUGAUAGACCCAGACGAGGUGGCCAGACGGUGGGGGGAACGCAAGAGUAAACCGAACAUGAACUAUGACAAACUGAGCCGAGCUCUGCGCUAUUACUACGACAAAAACAUCAUGACCAAGGUGCACGGAAAGCGUUACGCGUACAAAUUUGACUUUAACGGCCUGGCGCAAGUGUGCCAGCCCUCCUCAACCGAACAAGCUAUUUACAAAUUCCAGAGCAACUUCGCUCCCCUCCAGUUUUCAGGCAUUUCCAAACUCAGUCUGGUUGCUCCAGGUGCUGGUCCGUCGGGGUUCUCAUACUGGCCCGGAUCUCACCCGACCCUCUAUCACAGCCACAACCUGCAAGCCCCAGGACCCUUCGGUGCCGUGUCUGCGUCACAUAUAAGCUGCGUAAACAAUAUCAACAGUUUAAAUAACCUGAAUAAUAUCAAUAGUCACUAUAACUGAUUGUUUUCAUUCGCCUCAGGAGUGCGCGCUGAUAAACUAAGGCUAAUAGGGCCUAUUCAAAAGCGCAACUGAUUUAAAAACAUUGUAGACUAAUAAUCCAAUCAUAACACAGAUAACAAAAAAGAAAAGAAAAAAAAAGAAAAGAAACGGCGAUUAUUCGGCUCAAAGGGUAAUUUGGAAAUAACAUUUGGUGGAUUGUUAAUGUAGAUCACUUUAAGAUAAGAAAGGAAUUUAGCGCCAUCUUAUGGAAAAUAGCACUAUCACUGGUUAAAUCGACAUUAAAAUCAACUGGUUCGUCGUAGACUGCAGAAUGGAACGCUAUGUUGGAGAAAAGUCUACAUGGUAUGAGAACAAAUGUUAAGAAGCAAAAUAGAAGAGUUGAGAUGCAAAAGCCUCUAGGCUAAGUACCAUCUGAAAUGUUCUUCUAAAAUGCUAAUUUUCUCAGGCUCUCAUGUGUAGGUUCAGUAAUUUCUCUUUAAUUGCAAUGGCUAGGCUAUGUUAUUUUCAUUGCCAUCAAUGUGAAAUAACUGAACAUAGGAGACAGAAAAAAUUUAAUUUUAGAAGAAUAUUUCAGAUGACUCUUCGAGGCUUUUACAUCUGAACUCUUCAAAUAUGUUCGCUUCUAGCUACACUUUUGUAAUCGAGCAUAGUUAACACGUAUGUAAAGCGCUUUGAUAUUUCGUUAUUUCUUUAACGUCGACAUUGACUCGUGGACGGUGUCUGAAUUUUGGGCAUAGGGCUACAUUUUAAGAAAAAUAUGUCCUAAUAGACCCUAAAUAUUUUUUUUUCGUAUGGUCCAUUUAAGCACGCAAAGAUCACCAGUCUGUGUCCUUGCCAUGUUUUCAC